AUGAUGGAACUAAGUGAUGUGAAAAAAUAUUCAUCAAAAUUUGAAAUUAAAGGCAUAUGUAUGAAUAGUGAGAAUUGUGAAAAAAUAUCUAAAAUAACUUUAAAAGCUAUUAAGGAAAAUAAGUUUGAAAAGGAUAUAGCAAGCCAAAUAAAACUGAAAUGUGAAAAUGAUGAAAUAUUAAAUAAAGAUAAUAUAAAUGAUAAAAACUGCUUAGAUGACAUAGACAAUCUAAAAAAUCAAAAUAUAGGUUCAUGGCAAUGUAUUGUUGGCAAAAAUUUUGCCUUUUCUAUAAAUUACCAAUUUAAUUGUAUGAUUUAUUUUCAACAUAAGUUAACAAAAUUAACUAUUUUAAUUUAUAAAUCACUAUAA